AUCGAAAUCGUUCUCCGCUGCCAUUCAUCGUGACGCUUGACAGCGGCGUCGCCGGAGCCACAAGGCUGUUCAUUGCUGGAAUCACCGAGGCCUAUCACGUAAUUGAGAUCAGGACAAGGGAUAGGAUACUGAAUGUCCAGCAGAACUGCCAAUCACGCUCCUGCCACUCCAACAGCUGGUGUGGAAAAAAUAACUGAAUCAUAGACUGUCUCCAAUGCAUCCAAGCAUUGACAUAUAGCUGCACAAGUAUGUCUAGGCUGGUACAAUGGCCUCGGUCCACGACUACACUGAAGAGGACAAUUGGUGGAUGUGUUCUGCCAGAGCUUCAAGCAGGAAACAGUGUGAGGUUAUCUGUUUAUAGAGUCCCGAGAUUGCUGAAGGGAAAGAGCAGUUUCCCCUGUUUGCAGAGCAUUGUGAGGCAUACAAGUACCUGUCCCACAACCCUCAAAGCAAACACUGUAAGCAACUCGGGGAUGACUCUGGAUGUGGAAUGGUCAGAUGGCUCCAAGUCAAGGUUUCAUGGGGCAUGGCUGCGUCACAACUGUCAUUGCCAGGAUUGUAAGCAGCUGGACAGCGGUCAGAAGACAAUGGACGUCGUCAGUAUUCCACCUGAUGUUUCUGUAGCAUCUGCAAACAUUUCAGGUGCUGCAGUGGAGCUGGAAUGGUCCUGUGGACAUGUGGGCAGAGUGCCACUCCAGUACCUGCACUCCAACUGCUACUCCCAGGAAGCUCGACACCGACGUGCCGCUCAGGUCCAACUCACCGAAGAGUGCACUGCCAGAAGUAUCCCAGCCCUGCCAUACAGUGAUGUUGUGCAGUCACAGCGUCAUCUUCUCAAAUGGCUGACGCUAAUAAAUCAAUAUGGUGUCUGCCUGCUGACAGGGGUUCCUCUGGAGGAGAACAUGGUAACAAAGGUUGCAGAGUUGAUUGACAAGCCUCAACAUACCAUAUAUGGACAUAAAUUUGAUGUAGUGAACACGCCUCGUCCGAUCAACAUCGCCUACUCCAAUGUUGGCCUUGACCUUCACAUGGACCUGGUGUACUAUGAGUCUCCACCCGGGCUGCAGCUCCUGUUUGCCAGAAGGUUCGACCAGUGUGUUGAGGGUGGAGAGAGCGUAUUCGUUGAUGCGUUCCGAGUGGCAGAAGAUUUCAGGCAGAAGGACCCAGAUCACUUCCAAACUCUCGUAGAGGUUCCUGCGACUUUCCAGAAGGUGCACUAUGACAGAGAGGCUCCAGUUCACAUGACCUUCCAACGACCUCACAUUGUCCUCAACAGUAAUAAAGAGAUUGUGAACGUCAAUUGGGCUCCGCCAUUUGAAGGACCAUUAUCAGUACCAGAGGCUGACGUAGAAAGAUACUAUGCAGCCUACCAGAGUUUUGCCAAAUGUCUUCAGGUGUCGUCCCACGCAUUAAUCUAUCGACUUCAGGAGGGUGACGUAGUUGUGUUCAACAACCGCAGGAUGCUUCAUGGUCGCCACAGUUUCUCGCUCAACGGAGGUGUUCGUCUACUGGAGGGCUGCUAUAUUCAUAUUGACCACUUCAAGAGCAAGGUUCAAGUCCUCUCAAACACAGUAGGUGAUGGGCGUCCUGCCAAAAGAGUAGGAAACCAGGACUGGUUCUAAAGUGUUAACGACUCUGAUGGUGACAGCUCUGGUAGAAGAGUAGGAAAGCAGGUCUGAUUGUAGUUUGUGCUGGAGCACUAUUGUCUCAGUCUAAGGCAUCUCUCCUUGCAGAAUUUAUAUGUGUUAGGAUUUGCUAUUUAUUGGUGUGACUCCAAGAUUUGCCCGAAUAAUGACUCUUGAUCAAGGGUCUAUGACUUCAAAUAUAUGGACUUAUCAUUUCAACCAUUAUACAAUGGUAUAAGUAUUUGUUCUGAAGAUAGUUAGUGUAUCGUGUGUAUUCUUCCUUUAUUUGUUUCCAAGACUGUCACUUUGCAUAUGACUUGAUAAACUUGAUACAGGACAGAUAGUAGAAGCACCGCUCCAAGCUGCGCAAUCUAUAUCUCUCUGUGCUGCUCCAUAUAAUCUAUCUUGGUUUUGACUUAUCACUGUCCAUAGCUAUGGGCUGAUCCAUGGUGUUUCCUAAAACUAUGCAUAAAUAUUAGGGGAUAUUUUGUUUUGAGGUGAAACUACAGGAAAAAAAUCUAUGUCUGGAAAUGAAAGUAAGUGAUUUAUGUGGCAAGAACAUUUGCCCCGAUUAUGUUUCUAGGUUUGUUAGCACCAUACCCAUGCUCGUGGGUUUCAGUGAAGUGGUAAACAUCUGAGACCUGCAUCACUUUGGGCUUUCCUCCCACAUUAAGCUGACAUGCUGUGAUUUAACUGGAAUACUGUUAAAAGCAGGGUUAAACACAACUCACUCACUCACUCUGCAGACUCCCCCGCAGAUAUGAUCAUAUCAUUUCUAUUUGCCAAUAUCAUAUGGAUAGGAAGAUAUGUCUUGAUGAUUCGCACUUGAUGAUCUCCUACUGGUACUUUUUUGGCAACCCUGUCACAAUCUAUUUGAUUCGUAGUCCCACAGAAACUGAAAACUGCAGCAUGAUUCCAUUCCUAUAAUGCUUGCCUUUUAUGUGUAAUUAUAUUUUUGAUCAUGCAACUUUCUGUGUACUUAUUGGGUUGGUAGAUUUUAUAGGGUGCAGCACAGAGAGAGGGAGUUACACCACUCCAUGAGGCUGAUGUAUAUGUUAACAUGUGCUUGAUCUUGGACUGUUUACACUGACUUAUAAACCUAUCAUUGUAACCAUCUCCCAGACGACCUUUCUUUUGUAGUAAGACCACUCAGCAGGUUUUACAAUUGCUCCUCAGGUUUUACAAUUCCUCCCCAGGUUUUACAAUUGCAAUUGUAAAACCUGGGGAGCAAUUGUAAAACCUGGGGAGCAAUUAGAAUGUUCAUCAAUUAACUUACUUUGAGUAAGGAAAAUAUGGUCAUCGUCAGACAUCCUCUCUUGUGAACAGUCAACGACACAAUGCCAUGUGGUACGACGCACGCGGUUCUUUCUGCACGUACAGCCCUCUUCUGCACGUGCAGUCUGUGCAGCGGCCCGCGAUAACAACUGUUAUAAAGCGUGUCUCGUUAUACCACGCUUAUUUGCGACCCGUAUACCGCGUAAAUAUAAGCUCCAAAAAUGACAUCGAUUAAUGGAUAGCGGUUUAUAAGUUGGACAAACCAUUCCACCUCAAGAAUGGUAUGAUUGUAUAACCGGGUAGGCACAGAAAAGCCUCGGACGCUACGCGUUCUUGGCUUUUCUGUGCCUACCCGGUUAUACAAUCAUACCAUUCCUGAGGUGUCAUGGUUUCUCCAUUACAUAAUAUACCUGCUCACCACUGUAAUGACAUCAUCAUAAUACUUGUACUUGAGCCAUGCACAUGACAAUAUAUAAACAUGUCAGUGUGUUAUUGUUUUGUUUUCCUUACAAUAAAUAAAACGUACGAGAUGCUUUGAGGACUCUUUUCAAAUAAAACGACUAUUACAAGUACA